UUCUAAGAAAGAAGAAAAAAAAACAACUGAAAAGAAACGUCAAUCUAAGCCACUGCAAAAACUGGCGUUUGUCGACAACUUAAAAUUUUCUGAUCAUCUUCACUUUUCUUUCCAAGAGUUUUUCUUGUAUACAAAAAUUGACUCCUUAACUGCUCUCCAAACCCUAACUAUUGGCUAUUGCCCCCUUUUUUUCAAGGGUUUUACCUAACCCAUUAAUUCUCUUCCAUUGUUAAUUCUCCUCUAUCUGAAAUUUGAGGAUCUUUGAAGCUUUGAUGGCUGAGGUGAUUGGACCUAGGGUGUACAGCUGCUGCAAUUGUCGAAACAAUGUUGCACUUCAUGAUGAUAUCAUUUCCAAAGCUUUUCAGGGAAGAAAUAGUAGGGCUUUUCUCUUUUCCCACGCUUUGAACGUUGACAUAGGGCCAAAAGAAGACAGACAUCUCAGGACGGGUCUCCAUACCGUUGCAGAUGUCUACUGUUCUGAUUGUCGUGAAGUUCUUGGUUGGAAAUAUGAACGAGCUUACGAAGAAUCACAAAAGUACAAGGAAGGAAAAUACAUACUAGAAAAGUCCAAGAUUGUCAAGGAUAAUUGGUAGUUAUGAUCAUUCUCUUCUCCAGUUGUCAUACUAUACCGUUCUGUUCUACCGCACGACUUAAAGGUUGCAAUCGAAGUAUGAGCACAUACGAAGAGUCGCAAAUUAUUUUAAAGGCAAAUGCAAGAUAUAAUUAAAGUAUAUAUGAAAAUCAAUGAAUUAUCAUCCUCGUCGAUAUUUUGGUGUUUUGUUAUGUUAUUUUACCUCUUUUACUGUAUAGAAGAGAAGAGAUAUGGUAGAUAAGAAGGUUGGCCUGAGUUUGUUGAUUUUUCUUCCCAAUUCUCAUGUUCAUAUUGUCCCAUUGAUUUGGCAAUUGAUCUUCCAUAUGUUAAGGUUCCAUCAAUAUGGCCCUAUGGAAUAUGGAUUAUGUAAUUAUUUGUGUAUGAAUUAAGGGAACACGUCUCUCUUUGUGGUAAUGGCAUUUACACGAUUUAUAAAAAUAUCCAUAAAAAUUUUGGUGCUCUGUUUGCCUCUUGUGCAGCACCCAUGCUCCUAAGUGUUACAAGGCAUAGUAAAAAUACACUACAAUUUUUUUAGGUUUAGAUAAUUUUAAUUUUAUUUCAAAUUAAGGCCUAAAAAUAAUUAGAUAAAUUCAAAGUAAUAUGAAGAAGUAAAUUUAUGGCCUUUAAUUUAGGGGAUCUUGUGAAGUUAGACAUUUUACACAUAUUCAGAAAUUUACCCAGAUUUAUAC